UCUCUCCCUCUCCCUCGGCCAAGAGCUUUCAGUUCUUCGUCAUCCGUCGUCUUCGACGCGAAGAAAGUGCGUCCGUCUCUUUUUCGUGAAGCGCGCGCAAGAUAGUUAGCCUCGCUAAGAUCGGUGACGUUCAUCAUAAUGCCGGUAUUAACAGUUGACGCACCUGCCGCUUCCUAGUAUACAUUCCCAAAAGCAAAAUAGUUUUAAAAGAAUAAAGAGAAAAGAAAAGAAAAUUUAUUAUCUAUCGUUAUAUCGAGCCUCGUCGAAUAUAACAAGUUCGAAAGAUAAUCGAAAAACAUAGAGAGCGCGAGCGAGAAAGAGAGAGAAAGAAAGAGGCACAUUCCGAGCGGAUCACGGAUGCUUAUAGAAGCGUUGCGUAACGGCGUCAGACGAACAGCGAAAUUGCGGCGGCGGCUGCGGCAGCAGCAGCAGCGGCUACCGAAGCGCGUCGAGCUUCGAUAAGAUCGAAGGAAAUUUUAGAUCCUCUUACGGUAUCGAUUCGCGGAUUCGAAAAACGAAGAAAGUUAGGGAAAGGAAAAGGAGAAGGUGGAGAAAAGAUUUUGUGUGCGUUAAAAGUGGAUCAUUGAGGUGUCACAGAGACCAGAAUCGGAUACAAGGUGUCCUCGUGAUCUCGAUCAGGGAUCAAGAGAGGAGAAGAGCCUGGUCGCGUGUUAGAGUGCGCGAGUGAGUGACUGAGUGAGUGAGUGAGUGAGUGAGUGAGCGACGAUUUAUCGUCGAAGAACUCGUUAAAAAAAUAUUAAAAGUUGUUAGGGUACGUUGGUUGGAUCGCUCGAGGGGCUUCGUAACAAGACAGGUAGAGAGAUUGGGGAUGGUAGAAACGAGGAUAAGAAGAAGCUGUUUCGCAGAGAAAGAGAGAAAGAGAUUCUUUCGGUCGUAUCGAUUCUGGUGUCUCGAAACGUUUCAAGGCCAAUCUCCGUCUCUCGAUCUACACUUAUUCACACACACGCGCGAGCGAGCGCGCGCGUACACACACACACACACACAUACGCGCACGCAAGCUCGCGCGCGCGAGCGAACACAUACAUACAUGCAUACACCUAAACAUCCAAGCACGCAUACACACGUAUAGUUGUCAUUUACGAAUUCUAUCCGGAUCGAUUGCUCUUAUUUCGUAAUGGAAAUCGCAUUCGAUAAUCUCUCAUGAUCAGGAUGAUUUCGUUCGAGCUCUUCUCCCGCGUGAUUAAUAGCCUCCAUCUGAUUGCAAGGGCCCACAUUAUAAAAUCGGCGAAUCCAAUGCUUUAUUGUUAUAUAAUUUUCUCACUUUUUCGAAUAGAAUAAAAUUGAUCGAGAUUCGAGGAAACGAUCCAACAAAACAGAACAACGAUCGAGCGUAAGUAAUAGCGAAAAAGGGGUGGCGGUGGGGGGGGGGAAGCUAGAAAGAAAAGUGUUUCUCAGGUGUAGAGAUCAACGGGUGGUUGGUUCGGUGAUCCAACAGGGAUUUGGCGAGUUUCGUGAGGAGAAGGAAGAAGAUAAAGGAAAAGAAGAAAGAGGAGAAAGAAAGGAGGGGAUAGCGAUAGUAGUAUUAGUGCUAAUAGGUGUUGGUGGUGGUGGAGGUGGAGAAGGAUGGAGCAACGUCCAAGGAGACGGGGAGUAUACGGACGUUGCUGACGAGGAAGGAGCGAGAAGAGGACGGGGAGGGGAGUGGAAAAAGAAGAAGAGGAAGAAGAAGAAGAAGAAGGAGAGGAAGUGGACGAAGACGACGAAGAGAACGAAAGCGACGAAAUUGAAGAGACGAACGACGGUGCGUACGACACCCACGAGACAUGCAGCAACAGCAACAGUCUGGACAACAGCAACAGCAAUCCGGAGCACCGAACGGGGUGGCGGGUGGUGCCCAAUUGCCUCAAACAGGUGGUAUUAGUCCUGCUCAGCCUGGUGCAACUGGCACGGCUACCUCGAGGCCACAGGUGAACGGUGGUAGAUUUGACUUCGACGAUGGUGGCACUUAUUGCGGCGGCUGGGAGGAUGGCAAGGCUCAUGGACACGGUGUUUGUACCGGACCCAAGGGACAGGGUGCUUACUCCGGUAGCUGGCAUUACGGUUUCGAGGUCUCUGGAGUUUACACUUGGCCAAGUGGCUCGGCUUACGAGGGACAAUGGCAGAACGGCAAAAGGCACGGUCUCGGUAUGGAAACUCGGGGACGUUGGAUAUAUCGUGGAGAAUGGACUCAGGGAUUCAAGGGACGUUACGGUGUCAGACAAUCUACUACAUCUACAGCGAGGUACGAAGGUACAUGGGCCAGUGGUCUUCAAGAUGGUUAUGGUUCCGAGACUUACGCCGACAGCGGUACUUAUCAAGGACAAUGGCUUCGAGGAAUGAGACACGGAUAUGGAGUAAGAAGCAGUGCACCUUUUGGUUUGGCGAGUCACUAUAAACCACCGAAGCAAGUAAGAGCGUCCUUGACUUCCCUGAGAAGCGCGGAUGUGGGUCCAGCGGUUGCACCAACACCUGAUCCGACCGAUAGGAGAGAUCGUCGAGUAGACGAUAGCAGAGGAGGCUUCGUAUUGAAGGCCAGGAGUGACGAUCCCCCAGCUCGAAGAAAGAGUUUAACGGAGAAGUCCUUGAAGAAGGGAAUUCUAUCGGGUUUGAAAAUUCGAAAACAGAAGAGCACGGGUGAUUUAGAGAAACGUGGAACAGGAGGAAGUAUUCGAAGUAAUGCUAGUUCAGCAUCAUGGAUGUCGACUGAGAGUUCACAGAGCCAAGCAUCAGCGUCCGUCCAUACUGACAGUAAUGCGUCUUUUGUCAUCGAGGACGAACAGAUGGACGCCUCUGUAACCGAGACGUAUCUUGGCGAAUGGAAAAACGACAAGAGAACUGGUUUCGGUAUAUCGGAAAGGAGCGAUGGUUUGCGAUAUGCAGGCGAGUGGUUCAACAAUCGAAAGUACGGUUACGGUGUGACGACCUUUCGGGAUGGUACCAAGGAGGAAGGAAAGUACAAGAACAACGUACUGAUUACCAGCCAAAAAAAGAAGCAUCUAUUUCUGAUUAGAUCUGCCAAAUUUCGUGAAAGGAUAGAAGCUGCCGUUAACGCGGCUCAAAGAGCGAGCAAGAUAGCGCUUCAAAAAGCUGAUAUCGCCAUCUCGAGGACAGCAACGGCCCGAGGAAAAGCCGAAUCCGCGGACAACGCUGCUGAUCACGCGAGAGAAGAUUCCGAGUUGGCCCAACAAACGGCCAGACAGUUCGCCCCGGAUUUCAGGCAGCCUGGUUUAGAGAGACUUAAAAAUCGAGAAAUUCCGAAAUAUGUGCCACCGCCGCAGGACACUGUGCCUGGUAAAAGUAUACUCCAUAAAAGCACGACGUUGGACCAAACUGGAUCGACACCUUCGAAGACGGCAAUUUCGAGUGUCGAUUCGACAGCGACGAUUACUACAACGACGACGACGACGACGACAGCAACAACGACAAUGUCAUCGACGUCGAUGACAGCCAGCAACGUGAUGCAAUCGAUCAGAAGAGCUAGCAUGAAGCCGCAGAAUAUGAUGCAGAAUCAAUUACCUAAUCAGAUAUCGCCGAAUCAACUUUCGAAUCAGAUUCCGCAAAUGGUCAACACUCAAAGUUCUCUUCCAAUUCAAAAUCUCUAUCAGACGCAAUACGUUCCAACAAUGCCACCAAAUUCACCUCAGCAAAAUCAGCCAUACCCUAAUAGCAUACCAAAUCAGUAUCCUCAAAGUCCGUAUCAACCGAACCAGUAUCCAAAUCAACCUAACACCUACAACCAGACGCCGUACCAACCUGCUACCUCACCUCAGCUGGAUCCUGGAUAUACUGGAUAUCAGCAGCAACAGACACCGGCUAGAUCGCAAGGAUUCCAAAACAUGCAACCUUAUCUAAAUCAACAGAUCUUGUAUCCGCAACCCCCGGUUAUGUACGGUCCAAUGACAUUCGCCCAAAUGAAUCAAUACGAAGCGCAGCUUUAUGGUGCGAAUCAGGUGCCGAAUCAGUAUGGGCCGAAUCCGAUGAAUCAAUACAAUCCGCAGUCAAUGUUAAAUCAGCAACAACAAGAACAACCGUCGCAGCAAGCGCAAUCUAUGCAGCAGUAUCCUGAUGGAAUCACAGACAUUCAAAGGCCACCAAGUUCGGCGAGUAUACGAAGGAACAGCAGGGUCUUAAGUCCGCAGGAUAGACCGGGCACUAUUGGUCAAACAUUAAACGACAGGCUGGAUCAUUACAAGAGGCCACCUAGUCGUGAUAGUUCCGUAGAUCGAUAUGCCAGAGCGCAUUCCCGAUUGACAGGAUCAAGACAGCCGUCUGUUGACAAAACCGUAACAAAUACAUCCACGGAUCUAAUCGACAGAUCGACGAGGGCUCCCAGUGUUAUUCGAUCCGGCACGCCAUUGAACGGCUCGGUGGUAGGAAGUGGUACGGCGACACCAACUUAUGCGGCAUCGACUUCCGGGCAAUUUGAAGGAGCACUUUUAAAGAACCGCAACCUUGGUCAAGACAUCCUCCCAAGUCCUGGGCAACCGAAACGAACCGAGAGUCUCUAUGUUACGCCCGCGCGUAAUUCAAACGUUUCCGGUGGCGGGGGUGGCGGAGGUGGCGGAGGUGUUGCAGGAGGCGGUGCAUCGAAAGACGCAAGCCGGACGGUCCCCGCCUUCGCCGAAGCGUCAAAGAGCCGCGCAACCCUAUGAGUAUAAGUAUUUAUAUUAAUCUGUAGGUAUACACAAUACUACAGAUAUGAUUUAUACGAAGGCACGAAGCUGCCGACGUUUGUCGUUGUUAUGCAUUCUUCGAACGAAUCUCGAACGAUCGAAAUUGAAUCGUAAUAUCGUGAUAACUAUCCAUCCAUUUCUUACACAUCUUUAUUUUGAAAGCUUGUCCGUUAUAAUUGUAAUAUAUAUAUAUAUACUAUCGUUCACAUUGAACACCAUAAGCAUAAAGUAUACAUAUAUUUAUUGAUAAAAAAAAUGUGAGCUUGAUUCGUUCAGUGUCUCAUUGUAAUCACGGUUUUGAUGAAAGGCACCUUCGUUCCGUAGUUUGUCAAGGACAAAAGAAAAAGAGGAAGGAAAAACAAUAAUCUUGAGUUCGAUAACUAUAUAUAUAAAGGAUCGGCCAAUAAAAGAUCGAUUGAUCGACCAGAAGACGCUUCGAAUGAAGAUCUUUCUGAUAAUGCUUUAAAUUAGAUGUUUAUAAAAAAUUGCUUAUACGGCUGUUUCUAGACCGAGGCCUUAGCUAAGAGAAUUAUCUCGCAAUAUUCUGAUUAACGAGAGGUCAUUAUGGUGGAAAAAGAGAACGCACGUACCUGUUUGUAGUUCGUUAUUAGUCAUUUAUCUUAUAAAAGAAUAGAAACAUGGAGAGAAGGCAAAAAAUCGCGUAUUUCACGGCAUGAAAGGACAAUUAAUUAAUUUCGCCCAACGAGAGUAUUUUUUCAGAAUGUGUGUACGCCUUUUAAUGCCUUCUUGUCCAAAAACAAACAUAUUUUUCUAUUAAGAAUAAUGAGAAUAUCCGAUUGAUCUAGACGAUCGACGGCUAUAUCACUUUCGUUGUAGGUUACGAUUAAAUCGCAAAAAGAAACAAAAACAAAAAGAGUACCUAUGUAUUUUACUCUCUACUAUGAGAAUACUGAGAAUUGAAGUGUUUAUAUAUACAUAUAUAUGUAUGUGCUAUUUAAUGUGUAUGUGUGUAUAUAUAUAUGUAUGUAUGUAUAAAUACUGAACACUUCCUUUUGAAGAGAAAACGUAAUGAAAUACCCUCCAAUUUAUUUUUCCGCUCGAAAAAGAAAGAACGGAGAGGUCUCAGUCGAGAAUAAUAUAAUAAUAUUUUAGAGACUGCUGCCGAAAAUAUAUAACAAUAACAACAACAAUAAUAAUAAUAACAAUAACAAUAACAAUAAUAAUAAUAAUAAUAAUAAUAAUAAUAAUAAUAAUAAUAAUAAUAAUAAUAUGAAAGAUGUUAAAUGAAUAUAAACGAGUGUCUGUAUUUUAUGUCUAUAUGAAUGUAAUAACGUAUUAAAUAGUUUUACGAAAGAAGUUAAAUCGAAACAUUUACAAAGUAUUACAGGGCCAUAAUUCGUUCAAUUAGUUCAACUUUAUUAAGAGUAAUUAAUCAAGGUAGACUUCCAUUUUAUCAUCUUGCCCGUUUAUCCUUUUAAACGAUAAGUUUAGUAAUUUAAAGUAAUAAGAGUAAAAACAAACGAAAAAAGGAAGGCAUAAAAAUUGCAAACAUUUAAAAGUUCAUUGAUUACGAUGAUCGUAAUAUACUUAUACACACAAAAUAAACAACACGAGGAGAGAAUUUCGCCGCGAACACAAAUAAAAAAAUGGGAGAUAUGUGCAUACGUACAGAUACUAAUUCCAUUAUUCUUACGUCCGUUAAUUAAAUUAAAUUAAAUUAAAUUAAAUUAAAUUAAAUUAAGGAGAAAGUUCAAAGGUAAGGAGUAGUGGCGCGCGGUGUGGAGGCGGGGACCAAUUUUUUAACCGUACUUUGAAUUCUUUUUUCUAUCUGUCUGUUUGUCUAUCUGUCUCUAUUUCUCUCUCUCCCACCCUCCUCUCUCUCUCUCUCUCUCUCUCUCCCUCUUUCUCUCUCUCUUUCUUUUUUACUAUACUUCACUCUUCUUUCGACGUUCUGUACGUCUUUUUCUCCUGACCUUUUACAUUACUAUUUCGUCGUUCUUCUUGCACGAAAGAAAACCACUUCUAAGACACACGUUCGAUCACUUCUCCCAUCGUAAAAGCAUAUUCAAUGACCAUUGCACUUAUCUUGAUAUCAUUGUUAUCGUUGAAUGAUUUCAAUCGAUAAAAUGAAAAGGAGAAGACCUCAAAUAAAUCUCUAAACCUCCACCUCCACGCCGCUUAUUUUUCCUGUUUUUUAAAUCAGAGACAUUAUUUUUCUAACGCGUUGCUUUUAUUACUAUUACUAUUACUAUUACUAUUACUAUUACUACUUUUACUACUAUUACUAUUACUACUACUACUGCUACUGCUACUGCUACUGCUACUACUACUACUAUUGCUAUCAUUACUGGUACUACUGAUACUACUACUACUACUGUUAUUAUUAUUUCUAAUACUACAAUGCGUAAAGCAACUCGAUGGAAUUUAUGACGUGCCAACUAACUUUUUUAAUAAAACAGAAGGAAAAUGAUAAAGUACACGAGUAAUACGUUUCGACGGAUUAAUAAUGUUGGUCCAUUUAACCUGCAUUUCACCCUUUUCGAGGAAAAUCAAAAUGUGCGAAAGAUAAUACAAAUUGAUUCUCUCAUUCUUACACGAACCUUUCAUUCCUUCCACCAGGUUUUCUGACACCUGCACGAAAUGUUUCUGCGUUUUACUAUUACAUUUUAAUAAUCGAUCAUAAUGUUUAUCGGUAUAAUUGUUCGUAAGUCACGUUGAACCUUUUCAAUGCAUAAAGAAAUAGUAAUAUUCGUUUAGUUCUCAUAAAUUUAUGUUGCACUAUGAUAUAUCGAAAAAUAAAAUAAUAGAAACCGUGCUUCGAUGAAUUUUUCGAAAAGUAAAAAUUGGAAAUAUAAUGGAGUGCGGUAAAAAUUCAAUUUACGAUAGAUUCAACGUGGCAUAUCUAACUCGUAAAACAAACACGGUCGUGCCUAAAGAAUGUAUGCGCAUACGACGACGAUUAAGAGAUUAGGUACGGUUGAUCUAAAGAAAAAGAAAAAAAAAAAAGAACACUCGAAUAUAAAACAAGAAGACAGAAGAAAAAAAAGAGAGCGCGAGAAGAGAAAAAUGGAGGAAAUUAAAGGAAAAAGUCUUGUAAUUUUCAACGAUUUUUCAAUGUUUUAUCUCGUCCGAGGAGUUUGCGAGUUUCCAAAACGGAAGAACUUUGGAAAAGUUUUCCAUGUUGAUGACGAUAUAAAUGUACGAAGAUUUACUCAAGUGCCAAAGUUUCUCUCAAAGUGUCUUCACCUUGUAAAAUUAAAAAAGAAAAAACAUAGAUUUUUUCACUCGUGCGGGUGACAGAAUAUAUCUGAAAGAAAGAAAAAAGAAAAAUCUUUUCUUUGAUUUCGAUCGAAGUGAUAUUUUUAAUCAUUGCGAGCCGCAGGAAGAAUCCAAAGCGAAACUUUGGACACGUCAGCUAAACAUUCCAGAUCAACAUUUCGCGUACCAAUUAUAAAUCGAGAUGAUAAAUUCACGGAAUCUUAUUCAUCAUGCUCACAACGAUGUUACAAAGUGUUGACUCGAUGUAUUGAAUGUAUUUAUGUAUACGAUGUGUCAGUUGUUAUUAAGUGACAGAUUAAAGUAUAUCGAUCGUACGGCGAGAAUUUAAUUUCAUGAAACUUUGAAAUCCUAACAUCAUUAGAAAUACGAGAUUGUUAUCGUUUUAAUCCAAUCUCCGAUCCAAAUAAGAGAAGAUAAGCCAGAAGCCUGGCUAAGAGAAGGAAUAGAAUCGAAUCGACGAUUGUUUUUUAUUUGAAAAAUAAUAAAGCUUAUAUAUUUCCGAUCUUUGUGUAAACCUUACGCACGUGCUUUUGAAUUGGAAAGCUCUGCAUUGUUACGUGAUCGUUGUUAGAAGGGAUUGUGCCAAAAUGUACUUUACGCAAGAAAGUAUCAUCGGUUAAUCGAGCCUUGACUGCGUUCCAAGAAAGUCAAAGAACAAUCGGGAAGAGAUAAGUUUCUGCUCAUGUUUCUCGCAAUUAAUGUAUAUCGACUAUCAAAUUUGUUCUCUCUUCCUUACCUCAAAGUCAAACAAAAAUUUCCACAAGAAAGAUAUAAAACCGUAUACGCGUAUAUUAAUCUCGCGUGAGAAUCGGUAUCGUUCAAUGAAAAUAUGAUAGAAAGAUAAACGAGCCACCGGAGAAUAUAAUUAAUAAAAUAACAUAGAGUAAUUUAUCGUAAUAACUUUUUACUCUAUGAAUAUUAAUGUAUAUUACGUUUAGCGUGAAAAUAUCACGGGAUUAAAGCACUGUAGAUUAAUUAAGCUAAUUAGCACCCGCGUCGUUGCACUUUCAAUGGCAACGAAAUCGUAAUUUACCGUUUGGUGAUAAAGAGAAAGAAGAAGGGAAAAAAAUGACAAUAGUUUCGCAAAGUCGAAUGAACGUAUCUGGCCAU